AUGGGUGGGUUCAACGGGAACAGCCCAAGAAACUCUCCAAAAGCUUCUCCAAGGAUAACAUUUAGCCCAAAAAACUCUCCAAGAGCUUCUCCAAGAAAAACAAACACAACUCUAAAACAACUCCUUUUAGAUUCCAGGAACAUGUCAAAUUUUCUUGAUUCUGAAACAGAAGAAUUGCUCUCUCUAAUCUCUUACUGUUCUUUCACCUACACUUUCACUGAUCCACAAGAAUCUCCUUCACAACAAGAUUUAAAAAGGCUAAAACUCAUCCAACUCCUUUCUAUCAUCAAGACUCUCAUAAAACCACUUGAUGAUCAAGUUCUUUCACCCCUUUUCAAAAUGUUGUCGUUUAAUCUUUUUAGGCCACUCCCUCCACCAAUUCACUCUGUUAUCUCAAUAUUACCCGAUGACGAUGAUCUUGUCAGUAAUCCUACACCCUCAUGGCCACAUUUGCAAAUCGUUUACGACAUUUUCCUCAGGAUUGUCAUUAGAACAAGUGUUGAAUCACUCCGAAUUUAUAUUGAUCAUUCUUUCCUUCAAAAUCUCCUCACGUUAUUCCAGUCCGAAGACCAAAGGGAACGCGACAACUUGAAGAAUGUGUUCCACAGGAUUUAUUCCAAAUUACAUUUCUAUAGACCAUUCACGAGAAAGGCUAUGCAUGAUGUUUUUUUGCACUAUGUUUUUGAGACCGAUCAAAGGCACCCUGGAAUUGGAGAGCUUCUUGAAAUAUGGGGCACAAUUAUUAAUGGAUUUAGUGUUCCUCUAAAAGAAGAGCAUAAACUUUUCUUAGUUAGAGUUCUUGUCCCUUUGCAUAAGCCAAAAGGGAUGCAGGUUUAUCACAGGCAGUUGACCUAUUGUGUAUCUCAGUUUGUGCAAAAAGAGCCUGAGCUUGGUGAGGUUGUUAUUAGAGGAAUAUUGAAGUACUGGCCAGUUACAAAUUGCCAGAAGGAAGUUCUGCUUAUUGGUGAAUUGGAAGAGCUUGUGGAGACACUAGAUCCUCAACUGUACAAGGAACUUGCCCUGCCUUUGUGCACCAAAAUUACCAAGUGUUUAAAUAGUUGGAACUCUCAGGUUGCGGAGCGCGCAUUGUAUGUGUGGAACAAUGAGCAAUUUUGGAAGAUGGCAUCACAGGCAAUGGAAGAGGUGUUCCCAGUUCUAGUUGAAGGGAUGGAGAAGAAUCUGGAGGGGCAUUGGAGCAAAAGUGUUCGACAAUUGACAGAAAAUGUGAAGGGAAUGCUGGAAGCUGUAGCACCAUUUCUCUAUUCCAAGUGCCUUCUACAGCUAGAAAUUCAAGAAGCUGUUGAACGCAUAGAAGAGUUGAGAAGAAACGAAAUUUGGGAAAAGAUUGAAAAUGCAGCAAAAUAUUAAAAGAGAAAAUACCGUAAGCACA